UUUAGAAUUACCACAACUCAGUAUCAUGACGAGUCCUUUAGGGGAAAAUAGACAGAAGACCAAUAUUCCUUCUACAGUAAUGCCUUCAACUAGGCAAGGCAAAGAGAACUAUCGCGAUGAUGCUGCCGACAUGACCAAGUCUAACGCCGUCUCGUCUCGGAAGCGUAAAUCAGAUGUCUUCGAAGACAAUCAGAGCAUGCCUGAAAUAGACGAUGACGAUCCCCGCCUCCGCUGCAUAGACGAUACAUGCAAUCAAAUACGCAGAAAGGUAAAAAGUUUCAUCGAGGGUGGAAAUAUGAAAGUAUACGAGUUCCAAAGGGCUAUUAAUGUGACGUCGAGCACGUAUCAGCGGUUCAUGAGACAAAAUGGCAUGUAUAAAGGCAGCGAGUCUGCGAUGUACAGCAGAGCCUUUGCCUUCUUCAAGAAGCGUGAGCUGAAGGGACUAAAGGCUUCCCCACCGAAGAAAGCCAGAAAGUCCGACGAAAAGAAUGUGCUAGACGUUGAUGAUAUAGAAAUGGAUGGACAGAAUACGCAGGAAGUGCCAGUAUACGAUACGUGCGAUGAAAUCCGCAAAAAGAUCCGAGCUUUUCUACGAAAACCCGAUAUUAGCCAGGCCGCCUUCUGCCAGGCAAUAUCCAGGAGUUUUCCCGAAGAGGGGCGCAAGGUACAAUCCAGGCAGCUGAAUGCUUUUCUAAGUAAGAAGGGGGCCAUGAUGGGAAACACCAGCCCCGUGUUCUACGGCGCGUAUGUGUUCUUGGAGAAGCAACGUAUCAAGGAUGGUAAACCAAAGUCUGAGAUGAGAGACGAGAUGGAGAAGAUUCACCCUGAUGGGGUAAACACCUCAGAUCCCGAGACGAGGUGGAUAUGUAGAGGUAAUGAGCGCCCUGUUCAUGACAAAUACGGACGUAUUCGAUUUAUUUAAGGAUAACACAUUCAUGUAACCUACCUACCUAGUCCCUAGGACUUCAGUACCAAAUCAACCCGACCAGGUUACCAUGGACGUCACCUAGCACUGUUGCCCUUAUAUAUUCCUAUUUAACCCUCUCAUGUUUUC